CACUUUCCUUAUAUUCCAUGCCUCACUCUUACGCACUCUUCAAAAGAGCAAAAACAGAGACUUGUCAAAAUAACAAAAGUUGAGAAACAGUCAAGCAGUCCCCUUUAAAAACCCUCCACUGAACUUCUUUUUCAUUUUUACUUGUGCAAAGUUUCCUUCUUUAUGGAAGAAAAUGAGAAUGAGAAUUGGAAUUGGAAUCCUUGGGAGUUUUUUAAGUCGAUUGAAAUUGUUACCAUGGUUUCUUCUUCAAAAACAAUUUAUAAUCUUUCUUCUCUUUCCUCAAAUGAUCCUCUUUUCUCAUGCAUUGUCACUCUUUACGUUUUAAUUCUUCUUUAUUUCCCUCAAAGCUUUUCUCUCAAAAUCCUGUUCUCUCCUGUCCUUAUUUUAACGGCUUCUCUCUUGCUUUCUCUCCUCCGUCUCGGUGCCAUCCAAACAGAAACCAAAGAAAAAAGAAGCGUCGCUGAAGCUGAAGUUGAAGCUGAAAAGACAGAUUUUUCACAACAAGAACUCAAAUGGGAGACAUGCAACGAAGACCCAGAGCCUAAAAUGCAGAGUUUCGAAGAAACGUUCGUAGAAUGGGACGUGAGAGCUCCGUUAGAGGUUAUAUACGAAGCAUAUGAAGAAGGAGAGGAUCCGAAAGAGAAUGAUCCGAAUUCAACCCGUGUUAUUGAGAGGUACCCUUCGUUGUCGCUAUAUUACCCGGAAUCUGACUCGGAUAGUUCGUCGUCGGAGACGGAUUUUCUGGCGAUCGGAAACGGGUUUUCGUCGGAGAAGAUAUGUUACAGUUGGGAAGAGGAAGACAGAGAAGGGUUGAUUGAGAUAGCUCUGGAUAAGAAAGAUUUGGAUUUUCGUGGGGAAGAAGAUAAUUUGAUAGAGAUUGAUAUUUCUUCUCUUAAGGGUUAGAUUCAGCUAAUGUUGCAUUAAUCAAAUUGAUCAAAGUUUAAAGUAAAAAAUAAAAAAUAAAAGUCUAAAGAGAGAUUUGAGCUUUUGGGGUUUGGAAUGAGAUUGUUUUGUAUUAUAUCAAUGUUUAAAGUACAAUUAGUCCCUAAACCCAAGACAUUUAAUUGGGUUAGCUGAUGACUGAUUUUUCGUUUUUUUUUUUUUGACAAGACCAAGAGUUGGUUGAGCGUUGAAGGGUGACACCUGGCUUUGUUGUUGCAGGGUAAAGUAGUAGACAUAUUAGAGUGCCUUGAUGAAUGGGCUUGAAUUCCAUGUUCAUGUCUUAAAUGUUACCCCAAGAAAUUCAUCACCAUUAGAGUGAUAGAGCUGUAAGAGAACAACCUAUGUAAAUCUUUCUUAUAAAUUAAAAUUAAAUAAUCAUCUCUUAUUGUUCUAAUGUAAUA